CCCUGAGCCCGGGCAUUGCGGGUGACGUGGGCUGGGGCCGCUCUACUUGGGCAGGGGCGGCGGAGCACGACUCGGCCCCUUCGCCACCACGUCCAGGGCGCCCUGGAGACUAGGGGUGGGGCUUUUCCGCGGUCGGAGCGAGCUGAGGGCGUCCUGGGCCGUGGCGCGGGUCGGGUGGCUGCGCAGCGCCGGCCUCGACUUCUCGCCAAUGUUCCCACGCCCCAGAACGGGUGGGGCCGCAACCUUUUCGGAGGCGAGGACUGCGAGCUCAGUCUGCGUCCGGGCCGCCUUGUGACCUGGAGAGCAGCGCCAAGCCCAUUCUCGUGGAAGGCCUCCCGUUAGAGCGGGAAAGAGUACUUAGUCCUGGCGAGGCAGUGAGAAUUGGCAGUGGGUGGUCGUUGACUGCCAGGGUAUCUGCAUCUUGCACCUACUUGGGGCUGGCUGAUCAAGGAGUAAGAAGCAGCAAUGUCUGCUGUGGGGGCCGCAGCUCCAUACCUGCAUCAUCUAGGUGACAGUCACAGUGGUCAAGUGAGCUUUCUGGGAGCCCAGCUUCCUCCAGAGGUGGCAGCAAUGGCCCGGCUCCUAGGUGAUCUGGACAGAAACACCUUCAGAAAGCUGCUGAAGCUUGUAGUCAACAGUGUGCAGGGGGAGGACUGCCGGGAGGCAGUGCAGCGUCUUGGGACCAGUGCCAGCCUGUCAGAGGAGCGGCUGGGCUCCCUGCUUGCAGGACUGCAUACCCUGCUUCAGCAAGCCCUCAGGCUGCCCCCCGCUAGCCUGAAGCCUGAUGCCUUCAAGGACCAGCUCCAGGAGCUCUGUAUCCCGCAAGAUUUACUUGGGGACUUGACCAGUGUGGUAUUUGGGAGUCAGCGGUCCCUCCUUGAAUCUGUGCCCCACCAGCAGGGGACCUGGCUGCCCCACGUCACUGACUUUCGGUGGAGGGUGGAUGUGGCAAUCUCCACCAGCACCCUGGCUCGCUCCCUACAGCCAAGCGUCCUGAUGCAGCUGAAGCUUUCAGAUGGGUCUGCACACUGCUUUGAGGUCCCCAUGGCUAAGUUCCAGGAGCUGCGGUACAGUGUGGCUCUGGUUCUGAAAGAGGUGGCGGACCUGGAGAAGAGGUGUGAGUGCAAACUGGACUGAACUUUCACUUGGGCAGUCCCAGUCAAGUCAGCUGGGGAGACUAAGCUUGGCAGGUGCCAAAGCCCAGGACACCCAUGCCCUUCCCACAAAGCAGUGAGAAUGUUUGAAUGUAAUGUAAUUUUCUGUUUAAUUGAAAGACAGCUGUGCAUUUCAAGUUUUGGAAGUAAAGCAACUGUAAAAAGUAUGUUUUUUAAAAUUGCA